UGUGGAGGAGCGGUAAACUGUCGACACGAACAAGUGCCUUAGAUUAAGAUUACAUUUUAAAGCAAAUGUGUACUGUACGCAGAAAAUAUCACAAGUAGGCACCGAGCAAGGGCUUCGCAUAGAACACCUGAUAAUGAAAACCUUUACGACGUAGUCAACUAAGCUGCAAGUAUUCCGGGUAGCCGUCGGCAACUGUACAGAAAACGUUUCAGGCGCGAAGAAGAGCUGUUUGCUUUCUACAAAAGUUGAGACAAACAUGACAUCUUCACUGGUAGUUCCAGUUAUCGAUGUCCAAAAUGACAAUUUCAAAAACCUUUGGCCGGCUAUGAUAGUGGCCAUUAAAUCGUCCUCCUUCGUUGCACUGGACACGGAGCUGAGUGGUCUUGGAAACAGGAAAUCCUUGCUGGCUGAAUCUAUAGAGGACAGAUAUAAAGCCAUAUGCCAUGCAGCCCGCUCUCGCUCCAUUCUCUCCCUGGGAAUUGCCUGUUACAAGAAACAGGACUGCAAGGCUGCGGACACAUACCUGGUCCAGGUGUAUAACCUCACCCUGCUGUGUUCAGAGGAGUACAUCAUAGAGCCCCAGUCAGUGCAGUUCCUGGUACAGCAUGGAUUUGACUUUAACAAGCAGUACGCUCAUGGAAUCCCUUACUGCAAGGGCAAUAAUAAGGGAGGAUCAGACGACAAAGGAGUCCACAUCCGGGCCUUGUUCACUGAACUGCUGCGUGCCAGGAAACCCCUGGUGCUCCACAACGGCCUCAUCGACAUGGCCUUCCUUUACCAGAGUUUUUAUGCUCAUCUGCCAGAACGCUUGGCCACCUUCACAGCCGACCUGUCUGAAAUGUUUCCUGCUGGCAUCUAUGACACCAAAUAUGUCACUGAAUUUGAGCUCCGACUCACUGCCUCCUACCUGGAGUAUGCCUAUAAAAAAUGUAAACUGGAUAACAGUCGCAGUGUGACCUCUGGCGGGACCGGGCCUCACGUUCAUGUAGAGUUCUGUCAGUACGCCAGUCACAUGUCCAGCUAUGUGGACUACAGAGUGUGUCCAGCUGUGGCAUCUCCUGAGGGACAGACUGACAUCUGCCAGCGCUUCUCUGCGUUUGGCUGGUGUCCAAACGGUACCCAGUGUCCAUUAUCCCAUGACACUGACCUCAUCAUCCUCCAGGAUGAGAAAGGAAUGGGGGAUAAGAGAAAAAAGAGGAAGAGACAAAGAGAGAGGAAGAGAGGCGGGGGUGUGGCAGCAGAGGACUCCUCCAUCUUUGGUGGGGCCCCUGAAAAUAAAAUACCCCAUAUGGAGGUGGAUCCAGAAGAAACACGAGGAGACCAGCAACGGACUGAUCCAUGCCUAGAAACCAGGCCUCUAAUGGACAGUGACGGAAACACCCAGCAGAACGAAGGAGAGAACAUGAGAGCAGACAGCGAGGGAAACGGGGUGUGUGAAGACAACACAGACUUCAGAAAAUCAACCACCACAACUCACGAUGACGCAAUCACAACAAGCACCACAAACGAUGGUGUCGAAAGAACAGAAGGCGGAGGAAGAGAGAAGUGUAUUGACAACCCAUCUAAGACUGACGAUCAGAAGAAGGCGGCGGAUGCAGGAACGCAUCGGGCAGGGUUUGAUGCCUUCAUGACGGGGUACAUCUUCGCCUACUCAUGUACCCUUGUCAAAAAGGACGGAGUGGGAGGUGUAGAGGAGAAGGAGGACCAGAAGGAAGAUGAGCAGACUCGGCUUCCUGCUUGUCUCAAUAAGGUCUACCUCAGCGGCAAGGCGGCUCCGCUCAACGUGGUGAAAAGCACCUUCUCCAAAUCAUCCAAGGCCCAUGUGCAGAAGAUGGAGAUGGUGUGGGGAGGGGCGCUGUAGUUUGCACAUAGCAGGACAGUUAUAGUGUAUACAUGUGCUACUUUGGUCCUGAUCAAUUGACAUUCAUGGUUCCCAGAGGAUGAAUAUUUGUUUUUGGUUUUUCUUUUCCUCUGCCACCACCAUGAGGUUGACAUUUUUGUUUUUUAAUAAAAUAUCUUAAUUAUUGGAUAGAUUGGCAUGGCACUUUUCCUCUUGUGCCAUCAGGUCAAAAUUUUUAUUUGUCCAUUACUUUGAUUUUUGAUCAAAUACCUAUUCCAGUCAGCUUCAUUUGCACUUUGAGUUUAGGGCUUAUUAGCAUGCUUUCAUGCUAAAGUAAGGUGAACAUGCUAAACAUUAGCAUGGUAGCAUUGUCACUGGGAGAUGUAAGCAUGCUGACAUUAGCAGUUAGCUCAAAGCACCGUCAUGCAUUAAUACAGUCUCAGAGCUGUUAGCACGGCUGUAGUCUUAGACUUGUUUCUGGUGUGUGCUGAUCAUUACACUCUCACAGAGCCACCGGCAUGCCGCUGAUUUCCGUUGACUGUUUGGGAAUAAGAUAAAGAGUCAGGGGCAAUGGUCAGCUCAUGUUCAUGGCAAACAUAUUUGACAGUGUGGACAAUUUAGGUAGAUUAAAAAAAAGUGUCAUGUUUUUUCAGCCAUUUUCUGUUUCUGUUAACUGCAAAAAAAAAUAAAAAAUGCUUUUGUAAAACCAGAUGUAAGUUGCAGUGUAGAGGCACCUGUUUUAAUUUAGUUAACUAGUAUUUCUAGGUUUCUCUGGAAGCAGCCAAAAUGAGACAUUUGAUAUGCAUUCAUCCCACAAUUCAGAUUUUGUAAUAUCAAUAUGAAGUUACCUCUGGAAAAUAAACUCACACU